GUGUCAGUGCUCCAGCAUCAUAAAAUAUCGAUAUGUAAACAAGAUUGUGACGCAGAAAACAAUUAAUGAGGCAGUUGGCUCCAGUUUCAUAUUUGUAAUCUUAAGUUUUUAAGUUUACGAAGCGGGCCCUACAGAAAUUUGAGAUGCUUUCUUAAUAAGAAAAACGUGACGCAUUUAUCUAUCCAUCAGUAUCCGCUUGCGUCUUUCCUCAUCCGUCGCUAACCACAGGGGAACGGUUGUCAACAUGCACAGAAGGUGAUAAUGAAUUUAAUGUGUUCUAAAGAUGUCUCUUGCGACGCAGCGCUACAGGCACAGCUGAGAAGCUGAUAUUUUUUUGUAGCCGGGAAAAGUAAGAUCAAUUUAUUUUACAGUUUUCUGAGGGACAUCAUGCCUGUGAAGAUGCAGAAGCCGGGUGAUAGAGGGGUAGAUAAUUUGUUGUGCACGUCAUUUCAGGCCAUCCAUGAGUAUAACCAAUCUCACCUAGUCUUUGAUUUGUACAUGGCUGUUGUUUCUGGAGAAACCCAGUUAGUGAGAAAUAUAUUGCUUUCCCAUCCAGAUGUGGAUUUCAAUAUUCUAGUGAAAGGAGCUACUGUGCUUUCAUUGUCACUCUACAAACGUCACUUUGACAUAUUCGGACUGUUAAUGAGGCACUGUGAAAAGAGCAGGAAGUUAAAUUUAAACAUUUGCAGCAAAGACCACCUUAACCGAAUUGAACCACCAGUAAUCACAGCGUGCCGAAUGCACUUCUUAGAAGGAGUAGUAACUCUUAUAAAUGCUGGAGCAGAUAUUGAUGCAGUGGAUAGCAAUGGUCACACUGCAUUAUGGGUAGCCUCACGACAACAGAUGCCAGAUCUUGUGGAAUAUCUCAUCUCAAAUGGUGCUAGUGUAAACAAAACAGAUCGUUUUAAUUACACACCUCUUCUUACAGCGUUGACCUACAGAGUUAGCUCAAUUAUCACCAAGACUCUGAUUUUGCAUGGAAGCAAUUUGGAAGGUCCGAAAGUUUCUGUCAUGGCUCAACAAACACCGCUCUUUUGGGCAGCAAAAAGCAAGAAUAUUGAAAUUGUGCGCCUGAUUUUGUCUGCGGGACUGCCUAGCUCGGAAAUCAAGAAUGUUCACCGAGCAUUGCUUAUGGAUGGAGAGGUGGACUCUCAAAUUCUUAGUCUUUUGAAUUCAGAGUAUCAAAAACCACCAUUGCUGAGGCAGAUUUGCAGGAGAGCUGUGAGGAACUGCGUCAGCAAGUGCUGCAACGGAAAAGACUUUAUUAAAAAUAUAAAUGUUUUGCCUCUGCCUGUUAUAAUAAAACAAUAUUUGACUUUAAGAUGAGCAAUUAUCAUUUAAAAAGUAAAUUAGUGUUGCUUAUAUAUACAUGUGCUAAAUGAUGGGAAUCUGUUUUUAGAGGUACAGUUGUUCUGACAAAUAUGCAUGCUUAUAUCUUGCCUUUAAAUCUUCGUUAUCAUAUAUAUUAGAUUAGUUACCUUUGAGGGUAUGUAGAUUUUCCUAAGAUUUUAAAAUAUCUGAGAUAUUUUUCAUACUUAUAUCUCAAAGUUUAUUUGAUAUUUGUCAAUACUUUUAAUAUAUGUCCUAGUGGUAGAAUUUAAGAGAAAUUCUAUGUGUUUUCUUUAGCUUUUUUGCCUCAAAGGUUUUUUAGAUUCAUGCAUGGACAACACAUACUACAUUAGAUUUUCUGAGCUAAUUGCACUCCUAUGUAUUGUUUAGUCUCUGACUUGUGGAAACAAUUACCGAUAUCUACAUGUUUAUUUAAUUGUUUCUUCACAUUUGCGUAGCAAGAAUUAAGACCUUCAUGUAACCUUUUUAGCAUCACUGGAACUUGAAUGAUCCUAAAUUUUUGUUGGACCUUCACUAAGUAGGAGUUUUAUUGCAGUUUAUAACAUAUAAGAAAUACUGGUGUUUAUUUGUUUUACUAAAUCUUACAUUUGUAGGUUUUUUUUCUAUAUCUAUUAUAUCUACUGUCAGAUACUUAUACUGAAAAUAUAUUCAAAUUAGGUCUUUCCUUUUUUUUCUUCUGUGUUAUAGCAUCUUCAAAUGGAUUGAUUUUCAAGGUAAAAAAAAAUUAUUAACAACCAAAAAUUUAGAUUUUUUCAAAUUUUCUUUUGGUUUUAAAUCUAUUACGGUUGACAUAUCAAUGAUUCACAUAAGAAUGAAUUGGAAUGGUCUUAAUUCACAUGCUAAAUUGUUGAAUGUAAAAUGCCAAACUCUAUACAUGUGCUUAUAUUAUUGAAUUUUAUGUACUUGCUAAAGAUGUUUUAUAUAAGGACUGCAAAGCAGUAUAAAUUGAUGUUAUCUAUUAAUGCCAUGCAUGCCAAUUUUUCAUCCUCACCUGAAUUAUUUUUUAGUACUUGUACUGUGCAAGAAAUUGCCUAAUUCUAGUCAUUUUGUGUAUAAUAUACAAUAUUUUAAAAUACCGAAUAUUUUAAUGACUAUUUAACAUGUGCUGAGAAGCUUACUGUAUUUGUUUUAGUAUAGUAAAUGGUUAACAAUUUGUACUCAUAUAUCUUGAUAUGUGUUUUUGGAAUGGCACUCAUUCGUUCUGAAAUGGUGAAGUAUAUAAAGAUUAAAUGGCCAAAUGUGAUUCACUGCAUCGAGUAUAUUCUUGUGUAGAAUUCAAGGUUCAUUGGUAAUCUGAUAAGGGACUAAGGGAGAUAACUCAUAACCAGGAUUAAUUUCUUUAUUAUUGAAUUAAAAAUAUCAUGUGGAAAUGUCUUUUUUGACAAUUUUCUCCUUGCAAGCUAUGCUAAAAUUAUUUGCUUUUUUUUUCAUUACGGAAAAUAUGUUUCUUUGAAAAAAAUCAUAAAACAAUUUAAAAACAUUUAAGUAAACGGGGUAUCAACCUUUUUUCAAGCUAUGGUAAACAAGAAUCUCUAGACAGCCUAAUAUACUAACAAUAAGAAGAUGAACAUGCAUUGCUUAUAAGACAGAUUUGAUAAUUAAAGUCUGUGCCAUAUGGAGUGCCGGUUUUCCAAACCUAGAUGUAUUAUUUAUAAUGUAAAUGUUAAUACAUGUAUAUUAGAUUAACAUAAAUUGUAACAUGAGACAUUAAGUUUGUUAAAGAGUAAAAUUUGUGAAGUGAACAUGCAAAACAAAACAUGACAUAUAAAAUGUCCCAUGACAAAAUUGGUGCUUUUCAAAUUACCAAAUUAAAGAUUGCACAUUGUAUUUCUCAUUUUGCAAUUCUGUGUUUUUCCUUUUUGUUUUGUUGUAUCUCAGCCAAUUAUGACAUUAAAGCUUUAAAACUUUGAA